AUUGACCGGAAACGGAAGUGACUAGGUUUUCGACUGUUUUGCUAGCUUAGCCCAUUGUAGCUUAAUUUAGCGCAUCUGCUAACCUCGAUUAACGAUGCUGUAACUAACUGUUGAAAAUAUUUUUGUUAUUUUAAACUGUUCGGUUAGAGUGUAUUUAUAGAAACAAUAGUUAAAACAUUUCUUCUUAAGCGGAUCAAACUAAUUUAUGAUUGGUCGCGGUGUCUAACAGCAAUAACACGUAACUGUACCAAACAGCCGCUGAUGUGUGUUUAGGUUUAAAAUGUUGGCGUUUUCUUCUGUUGUGGUUGAAAACCGAGAGAUUUCUGUAGACAACACUGAGAUCUACGUUACGAUGUAAAGCUGCAGACGCUGCUUUCUGUCGUUUCAAUGGGGAAAAGGAAAGACAUGAUUCACCCCAGGUUUCUUGGUGAAAGCAGCUCCAGUCUGCACAGCAUCCACAAGCGGAAACACAAAAAACACAAGAAGCACAAGAAGAAACACCACAGCUUUGCUGAGGCCCCAGAACCCGAGCCCGUUCCCAUCCCAGUCCCGAUCCCGCGGCCUCCGUCUCAGCUCAGACUGAAGAUCAAACUGGGGGGGCAGACUCUGGGCACCAAGAGCGUCCCCACCUUCACUGUCCACCCUGGCGUGGCUCGUCCUCCCUCGCCGCUGAUGAUCCUCGACAAUGACGUGGACGACGAUGAUGAGGAUGACGACGACGACGAACCCUCUGUGCCUCUGGAGCAGUACAGAGCCUGGUUGGAUGAAGACAGUAACAUGGCUGCGUCCCCUCUGCCAGACAUCGACUCUGACUCCAUGCUGGGCGGGCCUGUGGACGAGGAGGAGAGGUGGCUGGACGCUCUGGAGAAGGGAGAGCUCGACGACAACGGAGAGCUGAAGAAAGAGAUCGACGAGUCUCUGCUCACCGCCAGGCAGAAAGCGCUGCUGCACAAGCAGCAGAGCCAGCCGUUGCUGGAGCUGCCCAUGGGCUACAAGGAGAAGGAGAUGACGGCAGAGAUGAUGCAGAAGCGGGAGGAGAGAGCUCGCAAGAGACGGCUGCAGGCCGCCAAGAAGGCAGAGGAGAACAAGAACCAGACGAUCGAGAGACUGACCAAGACCAGCAAGGCCAAGAUCAAAAGCCUCAAAGACAGGAAGUCCAAGCAGAAUCAGUGUCCCAUGGUUCGCUACAGCGACUCGGCGCGGGGGAUCGCCAUCUCCUUCCCCACGGGGGUCCCCGCCCCGGCACCGGCGCCUCCCCUUCACCCGCCGCUGGCUCCGGUGAACUGCGGCGUGAACGGGUGCAGCAACCUGAAAAAGUACUCGUGCUCUAAGACCGGGGUUCCUCUCUGCAGCCUGGAGUGUUACAGGAAGAACCUGCAGCUCGUGCAGAGGGCAGCUUGAACCCGAUACGUUUGCUCUUCAUGGCGAUGGAGCGGUUCUCAGGUUCCCUGAUGGGUGCAGCAUCGUUUGAACUUAAACUCUUUUCAGAAAUGAAUGAAGUUUCAGUUUGGCGUGGCUUUGUCAACAUGGUCUUUUUGUCUCUGUUACUUCCUGCGUUUUUUUUUUUUUUGUUUUUAAACCAACUUUGGUACGAAUGUUUGUAUCAAACUGUCACCAAAUAUUUCUGAUUCCUCCCAUUAUUAUGACUGAAGAGAGGAGAACCGAAGAGAACUGCAAAAUGUAGAAAAUAUUUUGGUUGUGGGUAAAAAGAUUUUCUCAAUUAUGUUUAAAAACCCGACGGAAUCACGUGAAUUUGCCAUGACACAAUAAACGGUGGCAUUUUAAUGUCAAA